AUGGCUGAUUGCGUCACAGAGCAGUUAAACAUCGAUUCAUUGAAUCGGACAGAAUCCCAUGCUUCUUUACAAUCGAAUACGACAGUGAAUUCUCAUCGAUCAUCAGUGACGACAUUGUACAGUAUGAGAAGUACUCGACGUCGGCAAGGAAUUCUAAAUAGAAUAGGUCUAGGUGUUCAGACAGUGAUUCGUCGUUUUUCACGCACACAUAAGUCUCUAACGGAUCUGGAAAUUCAAAUCCUAUCCACAAUGACAAAUUUCAAUCGAGAAGAAGUUCUUCAAUGGCACGAAAAGUUCCUUGCUGAUUGUCCACAUGGCUACAUGACACGCCGGCAGUUCAUAUCCAUGUAUAGAAGUUUGUGUCCGAAAGUUGAUGCCGAACGUUUCGCGCGGCAUAUAUUUCGUGCGUUUGACUUAGACAGAUCGAAUACAGUUGACUUUCGAGAAUUUCUUGUUGGCUUGUCCAUCACAUCGACAACAAGUUCGCUGCAAACGAAACUCGAAUGGCUCUUUCAAGUGUUCGAUAUCGAUGGUAAUGGCUUAUUAACGCGCGAAGAAUGUUCAGAAGUUAUCGAUGCAAUUGUGCGGUUCAAUUAUUGUCAACAAGCUAAUGGAGAAAAUGGCAAUAUCGAAGAAUUAGUUACUUCAGCAAAACGAUCUAUGAUGAGAAUAUUUGAUAAUGUCUCGUACAAUCGUCGUCAUUGUUUAACAAUGGCGCAGUUUGUUCAAGGUUGUCAAAAUGAUGAAUUUAUCUCGGAACUGUUUGCGAAUAACCAUUCAUCGAAUUUGGAUACGGCGGAUACCAGUCUUAUUCCAAAAAUCGACGAAUAA